GCCGACCCCGGGGCCAGUUGCGUGGAUCUAGGCGAGCAGCGGAGCGGGCCGAGCUCGGACUCGACAUGUAAUCAUGGACUGCAGGACCAAAGAAAAUCCAGAAAGAACAUUCGACUUGGUAUUGAAGGUGAAAUGUCAUGCUAUUGAGAAUGAAGAACCGAUGGUAUUAUGGAAGUUCCCAGAGGACUUUGGAGACCAGGAAGUGCUGCAGAGUGUGCCAAAGUUCUGUUUCCCUUUUGACAUUGAAAGGGUUUCUCAAAAUCAAGUUGGACAACACUUUACUUUUGUGCUAACAGAUAUUGAAAGUAAACAGAGAUUUGGAUUUUGUCGUUUAACAUCAGGAGGCAAAAUUUGCUUAUGCAUCCUUAGCUACCUUCCAUGGUUUGAGGUGUACUACAAGCUUUUAAAUACUUUGGCAGAUUAUUUGGCUAAGGAACUGGAAAAUGAUUUGAAUGAUAUACUAAAAUCACUAUACAGCCACCCUGUACCAAAGGCAAACACUUCAGUCAGUUUGAAUGUGGUAUCAGCACCAUAUUUGUAUCAUGAAAAUAAUUUGCAGUCUUACUUCAUUGCCCCUGAUUUAACUGGACUACCAACAAUACCUGAAAGUAGAAAUCUUACAGAAUAUUUUGUUGCUGUGGAUGUGAACAAUAUGCUGCAACUGUAUGCCAGUAUGUUACAUGAGAGGCGCAUCAUCAUUACUGCUAGCAAAUUAAGCACUUUAACUGCCUGCCUUCAUGGAUCAGCUGCGCUGUUAUAUCCAAUGUACUGGCAACAUAUCUAUAUCCCAGUGCUUCCGCCACAUCUGCUGGACUACUGCUGUGCCCCAAUGCCAUACCUGAUUGGAGUUCACUCCAGCCUCAUAGAGAGAGUGAAAAAUAAAUCAUUGGAGGAUGUGGUUAUGUUAAAUGUUGACACAAACACUUUGGAAACACCAUUUAAUGACCUGAACAACCUACCAAGUGAAGUGGUCUCGGCCUUGAAAAAUAAACUGAAGAAGCAGUCUACAGCUACGGGUGAUGGAGUAGCUAGAGCCUUUCUUAGGGCUCAGGCUGCUUUGUUUGGAUCCUACAGAGAUGCAUUGAGAUACAAACCUGGUGAACCCAUCACUUUUUGUGAGAAUAGUUUUGUAAAGCAUCGUUCCAGCUUGAUGAAGCAAUUUUUGGAAACUGCAGUGAACCUUCAACUUUUCAAGCAGUUUAUUGAUGGUCGACUGGAAAAACUAAAUGCAGGAAGAGGGUUUUCUGAUGUAUUUGAAGAAGAGAUCACUUCAGGUGGCUUCUGUGGAGGAAACUCAAGAUCUUAUCAGCAAUGGAUGCACACAGUCAAGAAGGGAAGUGCGUUAUUUAAUACAGCAGUGACCAAAGCAACCCCUGCCGUACGGACAGCAUAUAAAUUUGCAAAGAAUCAUGCUAAACAAGGAAUAAAAGAAGUAAAGAGUAAACUAAAACACAGGGAGAAUGAAGAAGACUAUGGAUCUUGCUCUGGUUCUGUACAGUAUACACCAGUUUACAAAUUACACAGUGAAAAAGGUGGGAAGCUAGAGAAGCAUAAACUAGUGCAGGCACGCUUAAAAAGACCAAUGAAAAGCACCGACUCUGUCCUGUUUGAAGAUGAAGAUGAUGACAUGGACAGAGCAAGCAAGUUAUCAUCAGAGGACAGUGAGGAAGCUUCUGCUUAUUUUUAUGAGAGUGAUGAUUCUGUUGAAGCUAGAGUAAAGACUUAUUACCCAGGUGAAAUGGACUUACUAGGAGAAAUCCUUGAUACUUUGAGUACACAUAGCUCAGAUCAAGGAAAGCUAUCAGCAGCAAAGAGCCUGGAUUUUUUUAGAUCAAUGGAUGAUAUUGAUUACAAGCCUACGAACAAAUCCAAUGCACCUAGUGAGAGUAAUCUGGCUAUACUUUGUGGCAGUUCUAAUGAUCAAGCUGAAUGGAAUCUUGGUCAGGAUGAUAGCGCUGUCCAUGGGAAACAUCUCCCACCAUCCCCAAGAAAACAUGCUUCUUCUGCUGGUUUAACAGAAUCUCUCUUCAUUCUGAAAGAGGAAAACAAUGAAAAACACCUCAGUGCCAACAAUGUGAAUUGCCCAGUGAUGGUGGUAAAUUCAACUUCUCCUGCAGAAUCAGUUUUACAACUUGAUUCUUCAGAAGAUUCACAGACAGAUAGUCCUUUCCAAGGAAAAACUGAAAAUAAUGAAACACUAAGCCAUACCUCAGAUGAUCAACUUAAUCUCAGCCUUAGACGACAUCUAUCUACUCUAGUUCCUUGGGAAAAAGAUGGGAAUGAAGCAAAGGAAACUUCUGGAGAGGCUGGACUACUUCAUGAAGUCGUGACGUUAUGUCAUAUGACAUCUGCUUUCCAUCAUGGUUUGAACAUUUCAGAGGAUAACAGCAGUGGAAAUAAAGCUUAAGUUGGUUGUCAAAGGGGAGAUCACUUCCUUCAAAAAUUCAUAGGGAAUCCUCUUAGACUUUCAAGUUAUGUGUUAAACAAGUUUUGUAGGAAUCAUAACUCUUAUAAUUUUGAAAUACUGUUUGGCUUGGUACAUGAAUUUCACCUGUUCAGUAAUUUAAUGGCUAUUUCAUCUAUUGAUUUGUUUAUUUGGAGUCUUAAAGAUAAAGCCAACUGUGAUGUUGUGCUUUUAGAUCAGGUACUAGUUUGUUGAGUCUACAUAUUUAACAUGAUUGCCCCUGGAAUAUGGUGCUUAAUGUCAUCCAUUUCAUUUAUCCAGAGGGAAACAUAUAUGACUUUCAGAUAACCAAUUAGUACUGCAUCCCUUUGGUUGAGCAUGAGCUGAACAAGUUGUUAUAAAAUGAGCCUGAAACUCUUAAAAUACUGAUCAGCAAAUUGCCUUAAUCUUAAGCCUAUAUUAAAUAUUAUACAAUGAUCGUGAGUGAAUUAUGGGACUAUGCUUAAUUGUCUCAGAAGGCAAAUGUUCUCAAGAGCAAUAAUAACUUUUUAAGCAUUGAUUCAAGGGCCAAAAGUACUUUUUUUAAAUUAAAAGAAAUUCAAAGAAAUGUUGCAUAUGAGUUAUAGAAAGAAAAAUAAGGCCAUGUCUUCCAAAAUUUGACAGGUACGAACACACCUUUUACUCAGUAUAUGAAGUGCUAAAGCAUAAUGUGAAGUCAGUGAAUUUCUGUUUACAACUGAGACACUUUAAAUAGUUUCUAUUGUCCCCAUGUACAUCUCUACUAUCUAGGAGUCUUGAGAAAGGGAAAUGUGGUAUAAACUGAAUUCAUAGACUAUGUUGCUAAGAUUUAUUUUAUUUUUAUGAACUAAUCUUUUGAAAUACCAUUUACUUUGAAUUUUAACAUCUUUCUGGAUUUUGAAAUUUUAAAUUAGGUGUAACAUCUUCUUGGAUUUUAGAAAGGAAUAAUGAUCUGUUUCAUAGUGGUAUAGGAUAGAUCCAAAAGUACAGCUAGAAAAAGCAGUGAAAUGUUAUGUUUUAAUUGGGUUCUGCAACUUUUUUAUAUAAUACGCAACUAUAUCAUUAGAAAUUUUAAAAAUGGACGCUAUUUUUAGGAAAAGAUAAUUAAAUGGUUUACUUGGAGGAUUUUGAGAGGCAGUCCAAUAAACAUUAGACCUUCACUAUGAAAUAUUUACUAAAAGAAUACUUUUUCCACAUAUGCUUGGUUUUUCUUAAGUAUAUUUUUUUAGUUGCCAAAGAUCUUUUUUAAAAAUAUAAAAAAGAGUUACCCUUUGUCUUUAAAAUAUUUGAGCAAAGCAAGGGUUAUGUUUUUUUUUCCUAUCCACACUCCAAAAUACAGUAGACAUUUUUACAUCCAUUUAGGUUUCAAAUGGAAAGAAUAAUGUGAAACUGUUAACCUUUUCUGAAGAAAAAAAAUUUUGAAGUAUCUUUUUAUAAUACAAAAACUCAAGGCUUUAUCAAAUAUUGCCUUAAUCUGCUCAUUCCAAAUUUCCAUUGUAAUUCAUUAAGGGGUUAUAUGCAAUAAAAAGAUUUUAUUUUGUGAAUUUGCUUUUAAAUAAUAAAAAAGAACUGUAGGAUUCUUAAACAAUUUCUGAAAAGCAAAUUAUAUCACCUACCUUAAUUGGCAAGUCCCACUUUACUAUUUGCAAAAACACUUAACUGAGAUAUAUAGUUCUUAAAAAUGAAUUUUGAUGUAAACUAUUGCUUUAGGAAUCAUUCAUAUCUCUGAACUUUGAAAAAUACUGAAAUCUAGGCUAUGUAAAAUUAAUUUUCAUCCAUUUGCUUAAUUGCAUGAAUGAUGAUUGUAUCCCAUGACCUAUGUUUGCCUCCUAAAUCCUUCAGACAGUGUACAAGGUAGGCAAUUAUACAGAUAUGAUCAUUUUGUUGAAAAAUGUUUUGCCAUAAAUAUCUAACUUACAUAUUUGAUUAAGUGAUUUAAGGUACAUUUUUAAGAUUGUAUAAGUUAUUUUGUAGUUUCAAUGAUAUUUUAAAGGCUAAUAUUUGUGCCUUAUUUAAGCAUAUAAAAUUGGUAGUUAUCCAUAAUUUUAAAAUCCUUUGUUACUGUCAAAAUAGCCCCAAAAAAGUAGUCAACACUGGUAUUUCAAGGCAUUAAUUUAUAUCUAUAUUUAUAGGUCAGCAGUCUUCAUAGUGUUGUAGGUAUUCUAAUUAGAAUGGUCCAAGAAUUAAACUAUUCUUAAUUUCUUUCUUUCUUCCUUUUCUAAAAUUAUUGAUAACUUAUGAUGAAACAGCAAUUGAAAUUAUAAUUUCUCUCUUCUAUGAAAGAAAAUUAUCAUGAAAGAAUUUUUAGAAUGAGGAUUAUAUUGCUUAAUAAGGACUUUUGAUUUUGCUAUCUUUCCUCAACAAAGUCUUGGCCAUUAUUUAAUUCCUAUCAACAAAGAGUCCUGUAUGCUUCCGACUUUGAUCCAGUUGUCCUGUGGAUCAUUUAUACUCUAUUUUUGAAGAAGAAGAAGAAGAAGAAGAAGAAGAAGGGAAAGGAAAGUUAGGAACAAGAAAAUGCAGACUUAGAAACUGUAAUUUUGUUUAAACAAAAAGUGGCACAUUUAGUGAUUAUAUCUUUUUGAAUAAAUGUAAAGCCAUAAAUAUAGAACAGGAUUUUCUUUUCUGAUUAAAUAAUUAACAUUUCAGUUAUUCAGUAAAUAUUUAUUUGAGUACCAAGUAUGUAUAAAGGUACUGUGUUAGACUAUGGAGAAUUUAUAAAGCUGUAUUAAUGACAAUCCCUGCCCUCAAAGAAUUUGCAAUCUAAUGUAAAAUGGAAAGCAUUUUCACAUCCUUAAGGUAAUAUUGAUUCAGUGUAAUAAGCAUUAAUUAUCUAAUAACUGUGACCAUCAAUUUAAAAAAAACUUGUAUUUUGUAUAGAAGUCACUAACGGGCCAAAGUUUUCUCAGAAAGGGAAGGAAAAGGCUUCUGUAGCUGGUCAAGUUAAAGAACCCUGUGAGUAAAGACUUUUAGAAGAUAUUCCCAGUUUUCAGCUCUCUUUUCAGUCUAAUAUGCUAAUUAUUAUAAUGUGGACUUCCACAACUGUCGUUUAAAGGCUAUUACCAGAGUCCUUUUAAAAUGUGAAUGAGAAUGUCAUUUUAGCACAUUGUAUUAAACUAUUAUAAGAAUUUAAUCAAGAAAAACAGAAACUUCCUCCUCUUCCAGAAAAAAAAAGAUUAGUUUCUUAUGUCAAUAUGGUAAAUUCAGACUGAUAGAGGAUCCAUUUUUUAUGGAUUGCCACUUGAUCUAUUGGUGAAGACACAUUCAUCCUUUUAUCUACUGCAUAAUUUUUAGUUAAUGCUAUAGUAGCCUUACUAUAUACCUUCUGAAAUGCCAUUGAAUUUCAUGGGUUGUUGUUUUUUUUUUUAGCGAGUUGGGCAGAUUCAUAACAAAGGGGGAAAAAGCUGAGACUAUAUUUACUAAGAGAGAAACACUAUAAAUUUGGGGGGUUUUAAGAUUUUUAUUCUUCUUCUAAACAAAGUAGCUACUAUAAAGUCAGCUAUUAAGGUUGUCCUUCUUUGUUCACUAUGAAACAUCUUGCUUCUUAGUAAAUCAGAAAAUAAAUUCAAGAAUGUUAAAUAAAUUCCCAAGUCUCAUUGCCAAAAACAAAGAACCCCCCAAAACACCCCCCCCACACACAGACCUAAGGUAGGAACUACUUUCAAAAAACCCUUAUAUCAGUAUUGACGCCUUUCCCAUCUAGAUUCCAAUAAUAAUGUUACUGUAUUUUUUUUUAUUUUAAGAGGUGAUGUUGCUUUUUUGAGCAAAUUAAUUAAUAUUUUGAUCCAGUUGUAACUAGGGAAUUAUAUGGAUUUAUAGGGAAGUGUAUUAGAUUUCAGAAUUAAUAGGAUUUUGUGCAAUAUUUUUUCUUGAAUAAUUUAGUUGACACAAAUAUGUAGAUCUGUUUUCUAGCAGAUAAAGGUCAUAUUUUUUCAGUUAUAUAAAAAUGUAUGUAGCAUUGUUCAUGGUGAUUAUAAAAGUAUGUGGUGUACAUUGUUGGUAGACAGGUAUGUUUUCAUUUAUUUAAAAUUAAUAUGAGUGUCACAUUGUGGUGUCAUAAUGGUCUUAGCAACAGAAAAAUAUGCAAUAAGAAAAAUACUGCACCUAAGAUUAAUACAUUUAGUACAUGAAUCAAAAGUAUUGUACUUGGUAGUUAAUAUGCUUAUUCAAAUGUACAGUUAGGAUUCUAGUUGCUGCGUUUGUCAGGUAAUUCCUAAGCAAGUUAUUCGUGUCUGCACCAUCUCAAUUACAUAGUAUUUUUAUGGCAGUGAACACAUAUUGGGAUUGUGACAUCCCUUAUUGUGAUAUGUCUUUGCUAAGGUUCAUGAAGGGCAUUGCCUAUACUUUUUGAUUCUCUGUAAAUUAGUUGAAUUUUUCUUGUAUGUAUGUACAGUUUGCUUAACCCUAGAGCUUCUAUAGAUUCCUACUUUUAUUAUACUUGAAUAAGGCAAAAAAGCACUGUGGAAAGUCUGUAGUUUUGGAUGCAAUAUGCAAAUACACCAAAAAAAAUCAGGUACUGUAUAAUUAAGAUAAUCUUCUUUGUUUCACUUGAAUGUUUUGCAUUCAAGAAGCUAUGUAUAAAAUGUAUUUAGUUUUAAAAUGUCUUUUAUUGUUUAAAUGAUAGUUUUAAAAACUUCAAUGAUGCAUUAUUAGAAAUAAUGAAUCUUAACAUUGGACCUCAGUUAUAGCUUGUGCCGCCACAGUAGUCCUGCAGUAAUAAUUUAAGUUCACUCAAGUCCUAGUCAGUGACUCUAAGCUUAGAACAAGACAAAAAUAUAAACAUGUGCCUAGAAAAUGCACUAAAUAUAUGUUGUGCUCUCAUAUCACAACACACUAUUAGUCUGCUUAAAAAGCCAUUCAUAGUCAUAUAAUAUAUAGGCUUAUUAUUCUGCUGCACCAUUGCUAAAAAUGCAAACAAAUAUUAACUGCAUAUAAGACCCCUAACAUUGAAGAAAACAGGACCUCAUUAUGUAACAGAUCUGUUUGUUAGUUAUUUGACACUUUGUAGGAUCUAAGAUUCCCUAAAUGUAGGUACUGUCUCCACUAAAUUAUAUGUUAACCACCCCCAUGCCUCAUCUCUUGUGAGUUACUUGUUUAAAAAUAUUUAUUACAUCUGACCAGCCUUCUGGUGAUAAGCCUCUUAAACUUAUAUCAGCUGGUCCUCCAAAAAUGGAGACCCAGAAUGCCAGGGAUACUGUUGUUAACUCACUUCUUUGUAAACCACCAGAGACUGUACCUCAUGAGCAGUAACCUUUGAAAAUCCAGGAUUGUUAUCUUCACACCAUGAGGCAAUGGAAUGGGUCCACUGUGGAGAACUGAAUUAUAGGUACAAAAUUGAAUGUUUCUGUAUCUUUUUAUUUAGAAGUAGAACUGUUAUGAAUAAACUUUAAAAAAAUAAAAUAACAUCUAUACAUCACCUUGACCUGUAGUUAGUCACAGAAAUUUAUGAAAAUUUGCAUCUAGCAUUAAGAUCUGAUUCAUUGCUAUUGCAUCCUUCAGACUACAGUAUAAAUCAUCUCCAAAGUUGCAAACCAGACCUUUGACUGCUAUCUGGAGUACAAUGUGGGUGUGUGGGUGUGUGCAUGUAUGUGUGUGUGUGUGUGUAUACACACACCCACACACACACACAUAAUA